ACACACACACACACACACACACACACACACACUUCUAUGAACUUCUUAGAGACAGCAGUUUUUCUCCACCCACCACAGCAGCUGGCCUCAGCUCAACCCCAUCUCACAAAACCAAGAAUAAGCCCCAGAAAAAGACGACAACUCAUACUUAAUGGGCAGAUAAGACUUUCGGACGAGCUCCUUGGGCACACAGAUCUGCCCAUUUCUCUGCAGACGUGAUCCGGCUUGAGAUUAAUUGACUGCAGACUAAGCAGAAAAGAAAAUACAGACAACAUCUGACUUUAGUAGAUAGCUGGAAAUGAGGGGAGGUAUCUUGUCUGUGUUUUUCUUGGUGAUUGGGGUGACCUUGCUCGGUGGCCUUUCCUGCCUGGGUGAACAUGAAUCUAUGGAUGACAGUUUUGGCACAGAGAAGGUGAAAAGGUUCAGGCCCACACACUUUAUCUUUAUCAUGGUGGAUGACCAGGGUUACGGAGACAUUGGCUACCAUGGCUCAGACAUCCACACUCCUGUGUUGGAUCAGCUGGCGGCAGAGGGGGUCAAACUCGAAAAUUAUUACGUCCAGCCUAUCUGCUCACCCUCUCGCAGUCAACUCAUGACAGGGCGCUACCAAAUUCACACUGGACUCCAGCAUUCGAUCAUCCGAUCACGUCAACCGCUCUGCCUGCCCCCGGGCAUCCCUACACUACCAGAGCGUCUGGUUGAAGCUGGUUACGCCACACACAUGGUGGGAAAAUGGCACCUGGGCUUCUGCAGGCCAAGCUGCCUACCCACAGGACGUGGCUUUCAGAGUUUCCUAGGCACACUGACUGGCAGUGGGGACCACUUCUCCUAUCGGAGCUGUGACGGGGCUGAAGCUUGUGGAUUUGACCUGCAUGAUGGAGACAGGCCUGCCUGGGAGAUGGCCGGCAACUACUCCACUCUGCUGUACAUAGAGAGAGUGAAGCAGAUCCUGAGGAGCCACGACCCCCAUAAACCACUCUUCCUCUAUCUGUCCCUUCAGGCUGCCCAUACACCCUUGCAGGUACCAGACCAUUUUUUGCACCGCUAUGAUUCCCAGGGGAAUCGUGUCAGGCGCCACUACGCAGCCAUGCUGAGCUGCCUGGAUGAUGGGGUUGGACAAGUUGUCCAGGAACUGAGGACUAGUGGGCUCUAUCAAAACACCGUACUGAUCUACUCAUCUGAUAACGGUGGGCAGCCGCUCUCUGGGGGAAGCAACUGGCCGCUGAGAGGUGGCAAAGGGACCUACUGGGAAGGGGGCAUCCGGGCUGUGGCCUUUGUCCAUAGUCCCCUCCUGAAGAAGAAGGGUGUAGUCAGCAGAGCACUGAUCCAUGUUUCUGACUGGUAUCCCACAUUAUUGGGGCUGGCCGGGGCCCCACAGUCCCACCGUGGCCUUGAUGGUCACGAUGUGUGGGGGACCAUCAGUGAGGGCCUACCCUGUCCUCGUACUGAAAUCCUUUUCAACAUUGACCCAGUCUCCAGGAAGCCUGGGGAGCCAUAUGACAAGGCGUUGGUACUCAACGGCUUUGGGAUCUGGGACACAGCCGUAAGGGCAGCAAUAAGGGCUGGGGACUGGAAGCUACUGACAGGAAAUGUGGGUGACGGGGACUGGAUACCCCCACAGGCUCUUCCCGGUGGUCCAGAACGGUGGCAGAAACUUGAGAAGCGGCGCAGUGAGCUGGGGAAGUCAGUGUGGCUGUUUAAUCUCACCUCUGACCCCUACGAGAGGUCAGACCUGGCAGAAGCUCGUCCAGAGGUAGUGAAGCAUCUGCUGACAAGGCUGGCAGAGUACAACCAGACAGCUGUGAUGACCAGGAAUCCACCAGAUGAUCCUAUGGCUGACCCUGAGCUCCAUGGAGGGGUGUGGAGUCCCUGGCUGGGCCUGGAGGGACAGGAGGGGGAUACUGGAGGGGAGGAUGGCAGGAAAGAAAGGAUGAAGAUUAAGCACUGCAAAGUAUGCAAAUUAAAAGCCCUGUUUAAGAAGGUGGGCUCACGUCUGCAGAGGAACACCCUGUUUUUCUAAAUGUCUCAUCUAGCAAAAUUGAUUACACUAAAGGGUUCAGUAUGCUUCAAAUGAAUUAGGUUGUACAUGUGUUGUCUAAGCACACCUGAAGGCAAAACUGUUAAUACCUGUUCCUAAUGGCUACGCUCAAAGUCGGGGCAAAAA